ACGACAGGAUCUGACUAUGCUGAGCACAGCGAGAACAGUUGUGUGCGCGGUUCACAAGUUCACUUUCACACUCAGACUUUCACAGCACUUUGGCAGCAUGUCGUCGUGUCAAACCGCACGGAAAGUUCCAGCCUCGGUUUUGGGCUCCAUGGCGUUCGGGGGGCGCGCGGACGCGGACACGAGCGCGAAGAUGGUGCAGGCGUUUGUGGAGCGCGGGCACGACGAGCUGGACUGCGCGUUCAUGUACAAUGACGGGAACGCGGAGACGAUCAUAGGGGCAAUGCGCGUGCCUCAGACUGUUCGAAUUGCCACCAAAGCGAACCCCUGGGACGGGAAGACGCUGAAGCCGGAGAGCGUUCGCUCUCAGCUGGAGACGUCACUCAAGAGGCUGCACACUCAAAGUGUCGACAUCUUCUACCUGCAUGCACCAGACCACGAGAACCCCAUCCAGGACACGCUGAGAUGCUGCAAUGAGCUGCACAAACAGGGAAAGUUUAAAGAGCUCGGCUUAUCGAACUACGCCGCGUGGGAAGUGGCUGAAAUCCACACCAUCUGCAAACACAACAGCUGGGUUCUUCCGACCGUCUACCAGGGAAUGUACAACGCUACCACGCGACAGGUGGAAACAGAACUGCUGCCGUGUCUGCGCUACUUCAACAUGCGCUUCUACGCCUACAAUCCCCUGGCAGGAGGCCUGCUUACAGGGAAAUAUCACUACGAGGAUAAAGACGGCGCUCAGCCUGCAGGACGCUUCUUUGGAAAUAACUGGGCUGCUGUGUACAGAGACAGGUUUUGGAAAGAGAGUCAUUUCCAGGCUAUAGACGGCGUCCUGAAGGCCCUGAAGGCCGCCUACGCUUCGGAGACGCCGAGCUUGACCUCGGCCGCCUUACGCUGGAUGUAUCAUCACUCUCAGCUCAGGGCCGAGCUCGGAGACGCCGUGAUCAUCGGCAUGUCCACCAUGGAGCAGCUCCAGGAGAAUCUGGCUGCAGCUGAAGAAGGUCCUCUAAAGCAGGAAGUGGUGGACGCCUUCAAGCGUGGCUGGGAUUUAGUGGCUCACGAGUGUCCUAACUACUUCCGCUAGACAUGUGAUCAGUGGUGGAAAGAGUACUAAAAAAAAAUCACACUCAGAUGUAGUGUGAGUAGAGUAAAAGUACCCGAACUAAAAAGUAGCCCAAUGAAAAGUACUCGAGAGUAGCGAGUAUUAUGCUGUAUGAACGUUAUUCCACCUUUUAUACCAUGCAAAUUAAAAAUAUAGCUUGUAUAUAGUAUUCUCUUUGGCAGCAAAAAAAAAAAUAUAUAUAUAUAUAUUUCUCCAACGGUUUUAUUUUCACCUGCUAGCACUGAAAGAGCAACCAAAAUUAGAGGAAGAACUUUUAAAUGCUGAUAUUUUAACUGGUUUAGGCAGCAAAGGUGACCCUUCUUCACCUUCACUGUAUAAAACUCCUUCAGGAUUCAGAAGUGUAUUUGAGGUGUUGCUGAAUCACCCACCACACCUCCUCCUCCUCCUCCAUGAUUAAACUAAAUUAGCAGCACCAGGUGUCUAAAGCCGCGUUCACGCUGCAAGUCUUAAUGCUCAAUUCAGAUAUUUUGCUCAGAUCUGAUUUUUUUGUUUGUCUGUUCACGUUACCUUUUAAAAUGUGGUCUAUAUCAGAUACCAGUGUGAACUGUUUGCUGUUUCGAACUGACCCGCAUGCGCAAACGAACAAUAACAAUGACGUCACACGCAGCACGCCGUUGUGCUAAAGUUGGCGAGGUUAUGGAGGAAGUAAGCGUUUUCGCUUUUCUUUCUAAAUGUUUGUGUAACAGCAGCACAGAGACGCAGUGUUUUGAAAAUUUUCUGAUGUCGAGGGCAACUUUUGAUUAUUUGAUCCAUUUUGUAGGCGUAGUCACGUUUGUGUGCGAACUCGCCGGCGCAUAAUCGUGAUGAAUGUCGAUGUAGAAUGACGUAAAAGUCGCAUCAAAUCCGCCUCGGUUGUUCACACUGUGGCCAGAUUGGAAAAAAUCAGAUUUGGGUCUGAUUCAGGACCACAUAUGUCUGACCUGGUCACUUGACCCCAAAAAAAUCAGAUUUGGGCCACUUUUACCUGCAGUGUGAACGUGGCCUUAUAGUCUGUCUGAGGCAACUUCUCUAUGCGCAAUUUGAUUGGACGGGAAUCAGGUGAUUAUUCUCCUUAAAGGUGCCCUUCCACACAAAACCGUUUUUACUUGUAUUUUUUGAUAUGUGUUUAGGUCCAUAUGUGUUUGUGUUGUGUCGUGAAUGUGAACACGAACUCCUACCUCCCCGGUCAGUUCUAGCCACUUAAAAGAAAUAAGGGGAGAAAUCAGGUCAGUUAGAAAAGCUGCUCAGUGUGACGUCGUAAUGAUUGAGCUCAUUACUAUUCAUGAGCUCUCCCACUUGAGACCGCGCCCCCAGAAUUCGUGUAGCUCAGUGAGUUUCCUAUACAGCAAGGACGGCUGAACGUCAACGGGCUUGUGAAGAAGCCAUUCUGCCGCAAUUCAAGGUGAUUGUAAACAAAUUUCCUCUAGCCUAGGCUACUUAUUGUGUGGGUGAAUGAAUAGUCAUGCUCUCGUAUCCUAGCGGUUAGCCAAUCGGAGCCAAGCAGCAUAGCUCAUUUGAAUAUUCAUGAGAACUGGCGCAAAUGGAGCCGAGUCUUCCUGCAGGCUUUCUAUAAUCGCACUAGAAUGGCUUGAAACAAGGUAACCAAGGCAUUAUUUACACAAAAAUGUGUUACAGAGUCCAUGGUGAACUUCAGACAUUACCACAAAAGUAAUGAAAUACGUGUUGCAGGGCAUCUUUAACCAAUCACUGUUGACAGGAAAAAAUAAACGCGGUAGCGAUGGCAGGUUGAGGGGAAAAUAGAGCAGUAAAAGUACCGAUACAGCCCUAAGUAUGUACUCAAGUAAAAGUAAACUGUUUUUAAACUACUUAAUUAAGUACAAUUCCUAAGAAAAACUACUGAAUUACAGCAGCGAGAGUAUUUAAUUUCACCUGAAGAAGAAGAG